GCUGGAGUCGCGCUCUAAAGUUCUAUUUGUCGAUGCAGCUUUGACUCCAAAUCUGCUGUUCUAACUCUCGAUUUUAUUCAUUGAUUCUGAAUUGAUGUUGGAUUUGAACAAGGAAGAUGAUGCACUGACUGCAAAGUUCUACUUCAGGGCUGAGAUCGGCUCUAUACAGGACAAGCAGUGUUUGACGCAGAUCGGGAAAGAGGACACCUAAAGGGACCAUGGAUCUCGGCAACGACGUGGACCUGUCCAACAAUAACAUCAUGCCCUUGUGGAAACGCCGCACAGACAACUGCAAAAUCCCGCAGGAUUCGCGGAAGCCACGCCCCAGUAGCUACCACACCAACGGUGUCACGACAACGGACUUCCCUGUUGAAGAGUGCGCAUUUACGUUGAGCCAACCGGCGGAGAAGCUGGUGGUCACGGCGCCGUGUCCGGGCAAAAACACCGCCGUGUUGAAGCAUGUUUUGCACAAACCUUCCAAAAAGUCCAGGGUGGUUCGGAGCAUUAGCAUCGGGCACAUCUCUAACGGACGCUUCUCCUUGUCUAAAUUCAAGUUUGAGAGCGGCAGAUCGGCCUCGCUGGACAAAAGAGUGCGUAACGGAGAAAAGCACAGCAAUGGUUGGCCAGAGGAGUGUGUCAGAGAUCCUCAAGCCCUCAUUUCUCGGGUGUUUAGUCUGAGCCUGCCUAAAGACAAGAUGUCAUUCCACCUGUCCUCACCUGAAGGGGUUCCCCACACUCCUAACAACAACAACCACCUCCAGCUGUCCUUCUCGCCGCCAUCAAGCCCGUGUCCUCCAGCUCCACGGACUCCUUCCCACAGCUCCACGUCCAGCAUCCCCUCUCUAACCUCCGACGACCCCCCAACACCUCGUUCUUCCUCGCCGGCUGACAGCCUUCCCAGGCAGUCCUCACCCUCACAAGACGCUAGGCGUACUUCUUCUUCCUCCCCCUCCCCGUCCCUUUCCCCCUGUCCCUCCGUGGUCCUCAGCACCCACAGCCCCGCCGCCCUGAAGAUGGGGACCCAGCAGCUCAUUCCCAAGGGCUUGGCCUCAGAUACUCGACAGAGCAAGCCCACUCCAUCCGGGCAACAAGGCCAAGGGUUGACAGGGCUGCUGGGGUCGGACACUUCCAAGAGGACAUUAAAAACCCUCAGCAUGGUCGAGACAGGGGCCUACUUUUCCACGGGAAGGGGCCACGGCGAGGCCACAGAUGGAGAAAACGAAAGCCCCGGGGCAUUAAGGCGGGGCCUGAGGAGUACAUCCUACAGGAAGGCUGUUGUCAGCGGAGUCGAUCUGGAGGCCCAGUCGCUUUCCCAGCCUGUCAUGAAAGGAUUAGAUGGCGAUAAUAAAACUCCCCCAGCCGGCCCAAGCGGUCCUUGCCUGGUGAAGCAAACUAGCCCGGGGGCGCCCAAGCCUGACAGCCCGCGGACUCAAACCCCUACUGGAACAGGGAAGAGCAAGAUUCCUGAAAAGAGGAACCUUUUGACCCCUCAGCGGACCUUUGACAGCGAAGAGGAAGAAUUGUACCAGAACUAUCAGGAAAAGGCGUUACAUAACGAUUCGGAUGAGGAUGCCGAUUCCAGAGAACCCCAGGCCUAUACCAGCAUUGUGGUGCAAUACAGACCGAUACGGACCUCCUGGAGCCAGCUAAGCGUGGUCAAGAAAAGCGGUCUGUUUGAUCGGAUGAGUCAGGAAGAACGUAAAAGACAAGAGGCCAUCUUUGAGGUGAUCUCCUCAGAGCACUCCUACCUCCACAGUCUUGAGAUCCUGAUCCGCAUGUUCAAGAACUCCACGGAGCUCAGCGACGCCAUGACCAAGACGGAACACCACCACCUCUUCUCCAACAUCGUUGAUGUGUGUGAGGCCAGUAAAAAGUUCUUUAAGGAAUUGGAGGAGAAACACCAGCACAGCAUAGUGAUCGAUGACAUCAGCGAUAUUGUUUGCACGCACGCCGAGUCCAACUUUGAUCCUUACGUGACGUACUGCUCCAACGAGGUCUACCAACAGAGAACCUUGCAGAGGCUCUUAGCCAAGAAUCCAGUUUUCAAGGAGGUGCUGACCAGGAUCGAGGGCCACCCCGACUGCAGGAACCUCCCCAUGAUCUCCUUCCUCAUCCUGCCCAUGCAGAGGGUCACACGUCUGCCCUUACUCAUGGACACAAUUUGCCAGAAGAUCCUUAAAGAGUCCACGCAGUAUGAAGAGUGUAAAAAGGCUUUACAUGCUGUCAGCAAGGUGGUAAGGAAAUGUAAUGAGGGGGCGCGUACCAUGGAGAGAACCGAGAUGAUGUAUACCAUCAACUCCCAGCUGGACUUUAAGAUCAAGCCUUUCCCUCUGGUCUCCUCCUCCAGGUGGAUGGUCAAGAGAGGAGAGCUGACAGCGCUUGUGGAGGACAACGGCAUCUUCCUCAAGCGGACAGCGCGGCAACAAGUCUACUUCUUUCUCUUCAACGACGUCCUCAUCGUCACUCGGAAGAAGAGGCAUGACAGCUACUCUGUGAUCGACUACGCCUUGAGGGACCAGAUCUGGGUGGGCCCCUGCCAGCCAGAAGAGCUCAAUCUGUCUCCAGUCCGCAGCACCGCCAGCAUGCUGAGCUCACGGCAAGCUGGCGCCAACCAUCUCUUCCGACUACGUUUCCUCAGCAACCACUCUGGUGAGAAGGUGCCCAUGAUCUUGGGGACAGAAGUAAUGAAUGAGCGUGCAAGGUGGAUCAGCGCCCUGGGCCAGAAAGUCAACAAAGAUGAGAGGGAACAAGACAGGACUAAUGCGAUGCAAGUAGAAGUGAUCCGAACGUACACGGCCAAGCAGCCUGAUGAGUUGUCUCUGCAGGUGGCAGAUGUGGUGCUCGUCUCCCAGACUGUAGAAGACGGUUGGUACGAGGGCGAGAGGCUGCGUGACGGCGAGAGGGGCUGGUUUCUCGCCGAAUGUGGCGAGCCCAUCACCUGCCAGGCCACCAUCCAGCGCAACGUGCAGAGGAUGGACCGCCUGCAAGGACUAGAGACCAACGUGUGACCUCGCUUUUCUACGCGUGACGCCUUCAGGGACUCAAGACGGGUACGGCGGGAGAAGAGUUUGGUCGCAGCCUUGAUCCAGAUGACGUCACCAUAAACAAAGAUUAUUCAUGUGAACGUCUUCCAGGUCUCUUAGCUGCCGGUGCACCAUCUGUGUUCUCCUUCAUCCCUUAAGGGGGCUUCUUCUACGCCAAACUCAUCCAAACACGCCUUUUCCCACACGGUUAUAAAUAAAUAAAUAAAUGGGUUGUACUUGUAUAGCGCUUUUCUACCUUCAAGGUACUCAAAGCGCUUUGAUACUACUUCCACAUUUACCCAUUCACACAGGUUCCUACAAAGUUGGCAGCAUAUUACUGAAGGAUGUCAAUCUAUUUGAACCAUGAGCGUUGUAAUUAUGAAGAAAACAUGCAGGUUUUUGUGUAAACAGGAAGAUGUUAUCAUAGUCUAAAGCUUAAGGCACUUUUUUUCCUGAAGAAUCAUGUCAACAGAAGGGAAGAAAAUCUGUUGCCAGAUUAGUAUUCUCUCCAAAUGUACACACACCUGCAUGGACUCCUGUGGAUGUCAGGCAGACAUUCAUUUUGUGUCGCCCCCUCGACGUGAAAAAAAAUAAAUGGCCAGGUGCUGUGAUGAUGGCCAUCUGUCACCGCCACCUUUUAUUGUUAAAGGAGAACAGCAGCAGAAGUAUCCUCAAGAUGCCAGAUUAUUUUGUUGAUUGUGUCCUCCAAAUGAAUGAUGUUGCACAUGUAAAUAUGUAAAGUCAUGUAAAAGUUUAUCUUUUCUAAAUACAGAUCAAUAUACUGAAAUGUUCUUUUUGAAACACAUGAUUACAUAACACUAGGCUGAAAAACAGCACUUUCAUAAGUGUACCUAAUGAAGUGUCCGGUGAUUGUAUAUUCCCAACGCAAACAAUAAAAACUUGUUACAGUUA